AUGGACCGAAAUGGCCUGCGAGAACGAAGGCCAAAGGAGCCCAAGGAGGAUCACAACGAUAACAUACAGCCAAACUGGGAAGAAGGAAAGAGUGAGAAAACGUGUGGCAGAACUCCAGAUGGAACGGUAUUCACGGUCCCUCAGACUCAUGAUAUGGUAUCCCAGCUCCUCUCGCCCAGCCAACCGAAAAACGUCUCAGACCUCAUAGUCCUUGCUGUCUUAGGCAUACACAUUGCAACACUUUUUGUCCUACCGGACUCUCUUCGAAUACCAGUUUUUGCGGUCGUCUUCCUCUUUUGGCGAGCAUGCUACAAUGUCGGCAUAGGCUAUCUACUACAUAUUCAAUCGCGCCACUUGAGGCUGGUGGCCUGGGCAAAAAGAUCGAAGAUAUUUGUCGAUCCCAAGACUGGGGGGAAUCCACAUCCAAUGCUGUACCGUAUUUUGAAGCGGGAGAUGGAAACCAAGAUACCCCAGGAUUACAAGUUCGAGGAUGCGCCCAUCGAAUAUAAUACCUGGCUUGUCUUUCGGCGUGUGGUCGACCUCAUUCUAAUGUGCGACUUCGUAUCUUAUGUCCUAUUUGCCAUUGCAUGUGGUGGCCGACCUGCUGACGAAGGUAUGGCACUUACUUUCCUACGCUGGGCUACCGGCUGGGGGUUAUUUGGCUUCAAUCUUUGGGUUAAGCUUGAUGCUCAUCGAGUCGUCAAAGACUAUGCCUGGUACUGGGGAGACUUUUUCUAUCUGAUUGAUCAGGAAUUGACAUUUGAUGGUGUCUUCGAGAUGGCUCCUCAUCCCAUGUACUCAGUCGGAUACGCUGGUUACUACGGUAUUUCACUCAUCGCGGCCAGCUACAAGGUCCUCUUCAUAUCCAUCGUUGCCCAUGCUGCUCAGUUCGCAUUCCUAGUAUGGAUAGAAAACCCUCAUAUUGAGAAGACGUACAAUUCUCCCCCUUCCAGGAGACUCCAAUCUGAAUCUCAGUCGGAGGUUGAGCAUGACGAUAGUCAAUCUACGGACGUUGAUCGCGGCUACAAUGCGCCACGGCUAGCCUCUACGAACCAGCCCUCACCGGUGCACAAUCUCAUCGGGCUCAAGAACAUUGACCUACACCGAGUGACCGAUACCUCGGUCAUUCUCCUACAGAUAUACAUCUUCGUCUUGGUGGUCUUGACACCGUCAACUCCGUUCUACCAAGGAUUAUUUGUCAUCAAUGCAGCACUGUGGCGUCUGUGGUAUUCGAUGGGUGUGGGAUAUCUACUCAACCGACAGUCAUCCAAGAAACGAUGGACACGUCAUUUCCUCAAAUAUGGUGAGAGCACCGAAGAAGCCUGGCGCCAAUGGAAAGGAAUAUAUCAUCUCUCCAUGACAUUGUCCUAUGCAAGCUUCGUAGCGGCAUCGUGGAAGAUGUACUCACUCCCGCAAGAUUGGGAGCAUGGGCUGGUCCUUCUGAAGCAUGUGGUGGGUAUUAGCUUGGUGGCGUUACAAAUUUGGACGGCAGUCAGUAUCUACGAUUCACUGGGCGAGUUCGGCUGGUUCUUCGGAGAUUUCUUUUUCGAUCACUCUCCGAAGUUGACAUACAGUGGCAUAUACCGCUUCCUCAACAAUCCCGAACGAGUGAUAGGACUAGCCGGUGUCUGGGGUGCAGCGCUAAUUACCAGGAGCAGCGCAAUCUUCUUUCUCGCGUUGCUCAGCCAUGUCUUAACCCUUGCAUUCAUCCAGCUUGUCGAGCGGCCACACAUGCAAAAGCUGUACGGUCAGAGCCUGCGGCGGGAAUCUGGUCUGGUCAAGAGCCUGAAGCGAUCGCUCCCCCCACAUCUGUUUCAGUGGCGAGGCAGUGUCGACAAACUCCUGGAAGGAACAAUCGAUUCAUUCGAAGACUUUAUCGAUGCUGCUCGUCCCAAGAUUGCAGCAGGCGUGAGCCUUUUCGUGAAGGACUCAACAGCUUUACUCAAACAUCCCACACGCAUCAGCAUCACCAGAGUAGCGCCAGAUCUCGCUGGUUAUGACCCAAAUGAAUACUCAUUGGAGGUCGAAGGCACGCCCUCAACAUCCUGUGCGACGUACACAAGCGGGAAACAAAAUCAGGCAAGACCCGAACAGCGCUCGUCGUUCAAGACUUUGAGCUUUGAAUAUGGUGCACCAAUCAAAGUGCGAUGGACGGCGCCCUUGAAUCACAGCAAGAAGGACUGGGUAGGCCUGUACAUGGUUGCAGAUCACGCUUCGCGGGAUGCUACUCGGGUCUCUUCCCAAGGCCGAUGGGUGGCAACCAAUCAAGAUCAGUACGGUUCCAUUAUCUCAGAUCGCGGCAUCCUCGUAAGCGAUAUCCGAGUAUCGGGGGCCGGACGUAAAGAUGGGGAGACCAAAGAUUAUCUUUCGGGCGAGAUGGAAUUUUCAGGGGACAAGCUGUGGUGGACAACAGGGGUCUUCGAGUUCAGAUAUCAUCACAACGGAAAGCACAACGUUAUGGCCAUCUCACUACCAUUCGAGACUAGGAUCAACAAAUUUGAUGAGGACGACGUCGAAGUCGAUGCAAAUGGAUCGAUUCGCGGUGCUGUGGAGGACGCUUUGUUGCAGCUGAUAAGAAACUGUCUUGAUAGAGAUCCAGAUAUUGCACCUUCUACUGUGGACGAGACCUUCGGCGGUCAGGUAGAGAGGGACGGGAAGUUUGCAAAGAGAGUGGUCUUUGCGGUGCACCAGAUGUUCGGGAUAGAAUUUGCACCUGAGGUCGUCCAAGCCGACGGCAACGUCCGCAAUCUGUCGUGGCGAGUCUGCAACGCCAAAAAGGUUUUGGAACCUUACAUGUCCAUAUCUCAUGGCAAAAGUACGCCCACAGAGUCAGGGUAUUAG